AUGGCCGGCACAGCACCGCCUGUGCCGUCGGCAACAUCGGCGGCACCACAGGCGUACUGGUCGUCGUACGCGGCGCGCCUGCGCGCGUACCACAACGCGCUGCUUGUGCCCGUCAACCCGAGCGCACCGGCCGCGCCCAAGACGACCAAGCGCGGCACGACCAUCAUCAACUACGCCGAAGACGGCUUCGACGACUACCUGGACGACGACGACGACGACUCGCGGCGGCGUCCGUCCAGUCUGCGGCUGCGGGGGACGCCGACAGGGACACCGGGCGGUCCUGGAUCCGGGGCCCCGGGCACAUCCACACCAGGCGAGCCGGCGGACCGCAUCAAGGACGCGGAUGGGCCCGUGGAAGUGCAGGGGGUGUGGCGCGACUGGCAGGGCAAGACGCGGGUGCCGCGGUCGGACCUGGCCAACUAUGCACAGGCCUGCCUGCCCUCGACGCUGAUUCCGAUCCGCAUCGACGUGGAGAUCCCCCCCUACCUGCCGAUGGCGCCCCUCGGCCCGCCGAUUGGCCCGCCGCCGGGCGCACACGCGUCGGUGCUGGCGCAGUACGACAUGACGAACCCGCUGAACCGGCAGCCGGGCGAGGCGACGAUCCCGUUCCGGCUCAAGGACACGUUUCUGUGGAACCUGCACGAGACGCUGAUUACGACGGACCAGUUUGCGAUUACGCUGACGCAGGACCUCGACUUGCCGGUGCGCAGCACGGUGGCGGCCGAGAUCAGCAAGCAGAUCCGCACGCAGCUCGAGGAGUAUGCGGGCGUGGCGCUGCACCCGCUGUUCCACUCCCAUGCGUCGUCGGCCAGCAAGACACACGCACAGGCGCCACAGGCACCGCAACCAACACAACGCGACUCAGCCACACCCGCCGCCGGCACCCCCCACCUGUCGUUGAGCCGCGCCGACACGCCGUCACGGCUGGGGGGCCACAGCACGCCGGCGCCGCCCCCCGUGACGGCCGUGGCGGAAGCCAUCGAGCCAGACGCGGACGACUACAACCCCGACGACACGUACCGGUGCAUUGUGAACCUCAACAUCAACCUGGCGUCGCGGCUCUACACGGACAAGUUUGAGUGGUCACUGCUGCACCCGCCGGGCACGGCGGAGGCGUUUGCGCGGCAGACGUGCGCGGACCUGGGCCUGGCGGGCGAGUGGGUGCCGGCCAUGACGCACGCCAUCUACGAGGCCGUACUGCGGUUAAAAAAGGAGGCGUGCGAGUCGGGCGGGCUGGUGGGCGGCGGCCUGCCGUCGGAUUUCCCCAACGAUGCGGCGCUGGGCCAUGCGGCCGGCGGUGGUGGCCUUGGCGGUGACGAGGACGACGGGAGCGGGGGCGUCGGCGGGUGGCGCUAUGAUCCGGACACGCUGGGCGACGCCUGGGAGCCCAAGGUGGAGAUUCUGAGCAAGGAAGACAUCGAGAAGCGCGAGUACGACCGGGAGCGACAGCUGCGGCGGCUGCGGCGGGAGACGGCGCGGUUCAGCAGCAACACGGGGAUGGCGGGCGGGCUGCCCGCCGGGUUUGGCGCGCUGGUCGAGGAAGAAGAGCGCAUGGGCCGCGGCGAGCGCACCAAGAAGAAGCGGCGGUUCCGCAGCCUGUCGCCGCUGGGGCGGGGUGGGACGCCAGGACGGGCAACACCGGACGUCGGCAGCGGUGGCAGCGGUGGCUAUGGCGGCGGCGGCGGCACGCUGACCGACAGCGAGCGCACGUCGUGGCGGUGCGCCCACUGCCGGGUCUGGGGCACGAGCGUGUGGGCGGUGCGGGACGGCCCCCACGGCCCGCGGUCGCUGUGCAACAACUGCGGCUACCUGUACGAGCGGGACCGCAAGCUGCCGCGGUGGACAAAAAUGCUGCACGUCAACGAUGUCAUUCUGCUGUAG